GGAGUAUAUGAUAACCUCGUUCCACUCAUACAAUGACCGCAUACAUCAUGUUUAUGUCAAAUCUCAACAACCCAUUCAGCAUAAGCCCUGUUCUUAGUUUAUAAAUAUAUUAACUCAGCCACAAACUCGAAGUGUGCAUGAGACACUAUCAAUAAUAUAUCCCCAAGAAAACAUCUUCGUCUCUUUCCACAACUCGAAAUCCACACAGACACACACACAGAGUGAGAGAAUCUCCCAGGAGCACAAGAAAAUGAAAAAUAUGGAGCAGAAGGAGGAGAAAAUGAGUGAAAGGGCAAGUCAUCAAAAUGCUGGAUUAAUCAAGAUUGCGAGGGCAUCAAUGGUGGGAAUCUCAGUGAUGGUAUUUCUGGGUUACAUAAUGAUGUGGUGCAUCAUGCCAACUGAUACUUACUACAACAAAUGGGUUCCUCACAUCAUGGCUGACACCAAUUCUACUUACUUUGGUUUACAAGGUCCUAUAAUCUUGGAUUUCACAUUCCCAAUAUUGUUCAUUGCGGUUUUGGGUUGUUUUUACACUUAUUUGGGCAAGAGAAUGGAUGCCAAUGAAGUGAGUUGCUGCAAGACAAAUGAUUCAUUCAAGUUCUUGAAGAAGCCAAUGAUAAUUAAAGCACUUGGCGUUGUUACUUGGAUUGAGCUUUUCUUCUUUGGAAUGUUCAUUCUUCUCACCCUUUGGUACUUUUCUGCUUACAUGCACUUCUGGUACGAGAAGAUUUCCAUGGUUGCAAUGUCAAGAGGAGAUAAAGUGUGGCAAGCAAAAUUGGAAAGAUUGGCUUUGGUGAUAGGAUUGGCUGGAAAUGUGGCCUUAACAUUUCUGUUUGUUCCGGUGACAAGAGGAUCAUCCAUUUUGGCAUUUUUGGGAUUGAGUUCAGAGGCCAGCAUCAAGUAUCAUAUGUGGCUCGGAAACAUCGCAAUGGCCCUUUUUACUGCUCAUGGCACUCUUUACAUUAUCUACUGGGGUCUUACAGAUCGAUUAUCUGAGAUGCUGAAAUGGGAUGAGACAUGGGAUCAAACAUAUGUAAACAACAUAGCCGGAGAGCUGUGUUUGCUGUGUGGAUUAAUAAUGUGGAGCACCACAUUUCCUCGUAUCAGAAGAACCAUGUUUGAGCUCUUCUAUUACACACAUCACCUCUAUAUCCUCUUCAUCAUUUUCUACAUCCUUCACAAAGGCCUGUUCUUCAUCUGCAUUAUGCUUCCCGGCAUGUACCUCUUCGUCAUUGAUCGGUUCCUGAGGUUCUUGCAAUCACGGCAAAAUGUUCGUCUAGUUUCAGCUCGAGUUCUACCUUGCGAAGCUGUUGAACUCAACUUCUCCAAAAGUCGAGCAUUGGAGUAUACCACAACAAGCACUAUGUUUGUGAAUAUUCCAAUCGUAUCUAAGCUGCAAUGGCAUCCAUUUACGGUAGUUUCCAACAGUAGCUUGGAACCAGACACGCUAAGCGUGGUCAUCAAAUGCGAAGGAAGUUGGACUAAGAAGCUUUAUGAUGUGGUUUCGUCUCCAUCCUCCAUUGAUCAUCGUCUUCAAGUCGCCGUUGAAGGACCCUAUGGACCUCCAACAACUCAUUUUCUCAGGCAUGACACACUAGUGAUGAUCAGUGGAGGAAGUGGAAUUACCCCAAUGAUAUCUAUCAUCAGAGAUUUGAUCUUCAUGAGCUCAGAACAAAAAUGCAAAACCCCAAAACUAGUACUCGUUAGCACGUUCAAGAACACCUCACACCUCUCAAUGCUAGACCUUCUUCUUCCGCUCUCAAGUACACCCUCAAAAUCUUACAAUUUAGACCUAGAAAUUGAGGCUUAUAUAACCAGAGAAAACACACAACCAACAGAGAAAUCUGAGCCCAUCAGAACUAUUCACUUCAAGCCACUGCCUUCUGAUAUUCCGAUUGCUUCAAGUUUAGGCCGAUACAGUUGGCUAUGGCUAGCUGCCAUCAUCUCAUCAUCUUUCAUCAUAUUCUUGCUCAUUUCCGGGAUCUACACUAACUAUUACAUUUACCCUAAGGAUCUAAACAUGAUGAGGAUCGACCUAAUGACGAGAAGGACUGUAUUCACUAUAUUCCUCAUAUUCUUUUCAAUCGCGGUUACAUCUACUGCAGCAUUCCUAUGGAAUAAGAAACAAAAUGCCAGAGAAACAAAACAGAUUCAGGACUUGGACGAAUGGACAAAAGGAAAAUCAUUCAGUGCUCAAAAUGAUAAUGCUGACAGAGAAUUAGAAAGCUUGCCGUAUCAAUCUUUGGUGAAGACCAUGAAGGUUCAUUAUGGAUCAAGGCCUGACCUCAACAGUAAGCAUAUCAUCACUCUUUGCUUGUUAUGCACCACUCCCAUUCCAUAACAAUACUCUUGUUUCUAAAAUGGAGACUAAUAUUAUGGGAUAGACGGAGUACUUUGUUCUCGAUUUUGAUGAUAUCUAUGAGUGUGACACUGAGUAAUCUUGCAGGGAUUCUUUUGGAGGCGAAAGGUUCAAGUGUUGGAGCUCUAGUGUGCGGUCCAAAGCAGAUGAGGCAUGACGUUGCGGCCAUCUGCUCGUCUGGUUUAGCAGACAACCUUCACUUUGAAUCCAUCAGCUUCAGCUGGUGAUUACUUAAAUCUCCUGAUUUGCUGUGGAUUUAGAUCCUUAUGCUAUCUUUUUAAGUAUGUGUAUCUGUUGGUGUGUUUGUGUGUGUGAGCCUGUGCAUAAUGGUGACUACUAGAUCAGUACUAGUGUACUAGUAUACCGUGGUUUGAACUUUGUAGCAUAUUCUGGCUAAGGGAUAUUCUGAAUAACACAGUGAGAUUAUGAACAUAGAAGUGGAGUUUUUGUAAUGUUCAUUGAGUUGUUUUCAUAUUCAAUGUCAGAUUGCAACUUGGGCCUACUCAAUUUCACUAUAAAUUCACACCCUGAUUGAAUAAAAACUGCAACCUCGCGAAGGAGGAAACAUUGGAUGAUCUACCUAAAAGUUGAUAUGCGUUGUCAAUUCUACCCUAUUUUUUUCGAUUAGCCAAUAUUACCCUAAACUAUCCAACCGUUAGCCGAUUUUGUCUAAUUGGCC